AUGCUUUCAGAUCUGGAUAGUGAGGCCGACCGUCUGGACUUCUUGCAUAUGAUGAUGGUCAAAGCUACCGGAGAGAAGCUUUUUCUAACCCCGAUUGAGGAAGACAAGAUCCACAGGAUUCUUGACAUUGGCACCGGAACUGGAAUCUGGGCAAUGCUCAUGGGCGAGGAGUUUCCAAACGCCGAAGUGGUGGGAAAUGAUCUGAGCGCUAUUCAGCCAACUUGGGUUCCGCCGAAUGUGAAGUUCGAGAUCGAUGAUGUUGAGAGUCCCUGGGUCAACUCUAAGAAGUAUGACUUCAUAUUUUGCAGAGAUAUGGCUGCGUCACUUGCAGACUGGCCGAAGUUGAUGAAGAGGAUAUAUGAAAACGUGAACCCCGGCGGCUGGGUUGAAUUCCAGGACUUCAACUUGCGAUACACUUCAGAUGACGGUAGUUACACUGAACAGCACCAGACUAGCAAGUGGUCGGAGUUGUUCUUUGAUGCGUGCAAACGCAUCAACCGCGAAGCUAACCCGGGACCUAAGUUGGAGGACUGGGUCAGAGAGACUGGCGACUACGUCAAUAUCACCCACCAGAAGUUCAAGAUUCCCGUUGGGGACUGGCCGAAAGACCCCUACUACAAGGAACUAGGCAUGAUCAACCUGAUGCAGAUCUUGGACGGGCUGGAAGCCUUCACUUUGAGACUUUUUACCAGUGUACUUGGAUGGACCAAGGAGGAGGUUAUAGUACUUCUCGCAGACGUCCGUCGUGAGCUGAAGUCUAGAACCUUCCAUCCCUACAUGGAGUAG